UUAACUGAGUUUUGCUAUUUGGCUCUCUACCUAUUUAUGAAAGGUGAACAACUUACACAAUUUCCGUAUUUGGAUUUAUCUGUAUACCAAAUUAAUAAAAAUUAAUUUUUUUAAUUUAAAUAAAUAUAUUUUUGCCCUUUCUGUCGUUACCGUUCCCGUUUUGUAUUUUUCGAGAGAGGAAAAAAAUUAAUGAGGAGGCUUGCGCUGAAUAAUACUAGGACUUUUAUGUAAUUUGGCUGCUGACUUGGUAACUCGAGGCGGGAAGAAGAGAGUGCAGUGGAAGCACCAGCUGCCCAUUUUAAACUAAAAUUCCCCUCUCCUCCAUUACAGCUUCUACAAGACUCCACAAGCUUUGCUCUCGGUGUCUGCAAUGGCUCGAAACAGGAUAUGUUUACUAUUUGAAACAGGAAGGAUUGGUAUUGUUACUUGAUGUUGGUCCAUCAAUGCACAGUGUUCUUCCUGAGGUUGAAAGAAUCUGUUCUAUGCUUAUACAGAAAAAGCUAAUUUACAGCAAAUCUGAUGAAGUUGGAGUUGUCGUAUUUGGAACUGAAGACACUGACAAUGAGCUGACAACAGAAGUGGGUGGCUAUGAGAAUGUUGUGGUUUUACGGAAGAUCAAGGUUGUUGAUGGAGACCUUGUUGAAGCAUUACAACAGCUCCCACAAGGAACUGUUCCUGGUGAUUAUCUUGAUGCUAUUGUUGUUGGUAUGGACAUGCUGAUAAAAAAGUACCAAUUGACAAACAAAGGAAAAAAGCGUCUGUGUCUUAUAACAGAUGCACGAAAUCCUACCAAAGAUCCAUGUGAAGGAACCAAAGCAGAUCAAGUGCGUGUGAUUGCUGAACAAAUGGCUGCACAUGGAGUGAAAAUGGAAACUAUUGUUGUAAGGGAAAGAUUGAAUGAGUAUACAGAUCAGAGAAUAGUGGAAGAAAAUGAUCAUCUGCUGCAUCUAUUUUCAGAGAAAACACGUGCAAAGACUGUGCAUGUUGAGAGUCCAACCUCAUUUUUGGGUGCACUUAAAACUCGAAAAAUAACUCCAGUUACAAUUUUCAGGGGUGAUCUUGAAAUUAGUUCCGAAUUGAAGAUUAAGGUGUGGGUCUACAAAAAAACCUCAGAGGAGAAGUUUCCCACCCUUGAGAAAUAUUCUGAUAAAGCACCUCCAACUGAUAAAUAUGCCACACAUGAAGUGAAAGUGGAUUAUGAGUACAAAAGUAUUGAUGAUCCUAGUAAGGUUGUACCGCCUGAGCAGAGAAUUAAAGGUUAUCGCUAUGGCCCACAAGUGAUUCCUAUAUCAUCUGCUGAGUGGGAUGCUUUCAAGUUCAAACCUGAAAAGGGUGUGAAGCUUUUAGGUUUUACUGAUGCUUCAAACAUAUUGCGACACUAUUAUAUGAAAGAUGUCAACAUCUUUAUUGCUGAACCUGGCAAUUUGAGGGCAACAAUUGCCGUUUCUGCCUUAGCACGGGCAAUGAAGGAAAUGGAUAAGGUUGCAAUUGUGCGAUGUGUUUGGAGACAAGGACAGGGAACUGUUGUUGUGGGGGUUUUGACACCCAACCUAUCUGACAAAGAAAAUACUCCUGAUUCUUUUUACUUCAACGUGCUUCCUUUUGCUGAGGAUGUCCGGGAAUUUCAGUUUGCUUCUUUCAGCAAUUUUCCUGCCUCAUGGCAGCCAAGUAAACAACAGCAAGAGGCAGCAGAUAACCUUGUAAUGAUGCUUGACCUUGCGCAACCUGGAAGAGAGGAAGCUCUUCUGCCAGACUUCACACCAAAUCCUAUUCUUGAGAGGUUUUAUCAUCAUCUUGAGUUAAAAUCAAAGAACCCAGAUGCAGCUGUACCUCCUCUAGACAGAACUCUCAAGAAGAUAACUGAACCUGAUCCACAACUUCUUUCUGAAAACAAGUCUUUUAUUGACGCCUUCUGCAAAAGCUUUGAGGUCAAGGAGAAUCCAAAGCUAAAGAAAUCAACUAGGCGAUUUUUGCGAGAGAAGCCAUCUGGUUCUGAUGAUGAAAGGGAUUAUGUAAAUGCAUCCGAUGCUCUAGCUGUCAAAUCUGCUGAAAGCCAGGUAGAAAAAAUUGGGGAUUCAACCCCAGUCCAAGAUUUCGAAGCCAUGAUGUCUCGCAGAGAUAGCCCAGAUUGGGUUGUUAAAGCAAUUGAGGGCAUUAAAAAUAAGAUAUACAGCCUGGUGCAGAACCACUGUGGAGUGGAUAAUUAUCCUAAAGCACUGGAAUGUCUGGCUGCCCUCCGCAAAGGUUGCAUCAUUGAGCAAGAACCAAAACAAUUCAAUGAUUUCCUUCGCCAUCUUAUCAGAUUCUGCCAGGAGAAAAAGCUGGGCAGUUUCUGUGAAUUUCUCAUGUCGAACGAGCUCACUUUGAUUUCCAAGUCAGAAGCAGAAGACAGUGAUGUUACAGAUGGUGAAGCUAGAAGCUUUCUGGUUAAAAAGGAGCCAAACGAGUGAGAACAAGAGUUCCUGGUGUGAGGCCUGAAAUCUUGGGUCAUUUAGCAGAUGUAAUGUAAGAUCUAUGACAAGAAUUGUGUGUACAUAUAUAAACACAUUUAAAUUUUGUAUAUAUGCUUUUGUUUACAUUUCGCCUGUGUAAUUAUGGGAUUAACGCUAUGGAAAAAUGGGGCGGCCUUAGUCUCAUGUGGACGCAAUUUGGUAUCA